GCGGACAAGUUGCUCACUAACGCUGAUUUAGUCAAGAAGUUAGACUUAUGACGGUUUCUAGGAACGGGCCCCAGGUAUCUAUUUUGCGAGCGGUUCUCUUUGUCAAUGUUUUCCAACUUGACAGUAACCAAAAGCAAGCUAAAAUGGGGAUUAACAAAAGAAACUGCUCAACUGUUAAAACAGCCGAACCGUUGUCGCUAGAGGCCGGACAUGGGAGAAUAUCCAUUCAUGGGAUUUCAUUACCCAACCAGUCUUUGAAGAGGAAGGUCGCGGUUGCAUUCCACUCAAGUUGAGUGUCUCAUCUAUACAGGUCAUUGCAGGUCUUUGGAUACAAUCGUUUGCAGUUGAGGAAAAGGCGAUCUGUAUACGGAGAUUGUUCUCUUUAUUCAGCAAUCAAGAAGAGAAGUUGUUUUAAGAUCCCUGGAACAGGCUCAUAGUUUUGCAUUGGAUACCCUAGUCUGCUAAUUUCAGAGUUUCAACCUCCUUUCGCAUCAAUUAAUUCGCAUUUUCAUUUUUUCGUCAUAAGGAGAUGAAUAACCUCGUAUACGUGUGAGUGGACACAGACAUAUCCUUCAGUUAUCUUCACUACAUUGCACGGGAUGAUACCUGUCCUCGAUACCGCAGUCACACCGCCAAAUCGACCCCUUAAGCGUCCUCAUUAACCGACCAAUAACGUCCAAUACCAUUCGGGUAAUGUACUUUUAAUUCAGUUUAGUCAGUCUUUUGCCUGUCUCGCUGGUGUGACUCGGUAGUAUAGUCUCGUUGUUCUGUGAAUACAUUCGUGCAUGUAAUCUCAUCAUUUUCACUGUAUCGGCGGCCCAUCAGUGCAAAACCGGAGGAACGACCCGAGGACAGCUUUUCCCACUGUUGUUAAAGAUGGGAGACCGAGGUUUGAAGAUCUACUUCUGCGGCAGCAUCCAGGGCGGUCGACAGGAUGCUGAGCUUUACACCAGGAUCAUCAAGCAACUCAAGCAAUAUGGACAGGUCCUGACAGAGGUCAUAGGAAACAAGGAUGUUCUUCGUAUCGAGGCUGCUGUGACAGAAGCUGAGAUAUAUGAACAAGACAUCGAAUGGCUCGCUUCUGCUGACGUGGUGGUAGCUGAAGUCACACAGCCCUCUCUUGGAGUUGGUGUUGAGUUGGGAAGAGCACAGCUUUUAAAGAAGAAAGUCUUGUGCCUAUUUCGACCACAAGAAGGCAAAAUCCUGUCGGCCAUGGUUCGUGGAGCUCACGACGGGGAAUUGUUUAUGGUGAAGGACUAUAGGGAGGAGGACCUCCCUACAAUAUUCAGCGAGUUCUUUCGACAACAUGCCCCUUUUCACACCAACAGUAAUGCAGACUAAAAUUAAGUUGUGAAAGAUUCUCAAUCCUCAAUUUCAACAACGGCCUCCUUGACACCAAAUAAAUUGGGGAUUUAACAUAAAUUGAAGAAAGAGUGUCCUCUGAAAUGCCAUUCCUUACAAAGAACUUGGUCAACAUACUCAUUACUGGCAUCGUUUACACUGAGGCGGAUUGAGAUCCGUGAAGUAUAAGUGCACCCUCUGACAUAUACUGUCGCUCAAUCUGCUAAGAGGAAAUUCAAUGAGGAGAGAAUGAACUGGAAGUGGAAUCUCAUAUGAUGUUGUUAAAAUAAACUAAACUUGUGAGUCAUUAAAUCGACCAUUUUUCAUUCAGAACGGCUCAAACCUCGCCAUUAUCGUCAAAAUUGCAGCAGCUCGUAUUUAAUAUCUUAGAAUGUAUCUCCAACGAACGCAGUAUAACAUAAAUCAUAGUAUUAUUGUAUUAUUUUCAUAAUUUUACACUUGAACAGGGCUGAAUUCAGAGGCGAAUCCAUAAAGGGGGGGGGGGGUGUUCUUCUCUACAAAAUCAAGAUUUACAAUUAAAAAUACAAUUCAGAGUAAUUAUAAAUGAUGACCCUUUUUAAGCUUACCAAUUAAUUUCUUUACAUAUGCUGGUACCCCCUACCCCAAUAUAACCUUGGAUCAACUGAAAUAAAAAAAAUAAAAAAAUAUAUGAACAAACCACAAUUAAAAGAAACACACACAUGUCAACAAAACAUCAAUAAAAACACACAAGUCAAUAUUACAUGUACGUAUCAUUUUGUUCCAUUUUUAUUUUUCUCUCGGACGAGUGUACAGUAUCUGUAACUUUUCCUGAAUAUAAUAAAAUAAUUACUCCACAAAUACAGCGAAUAUAAUAAUAAAGUGGUUGCAGACACAUCUGCAUCUAUUUUUGUGGAAUAAAAAUGCUAUAGUAGGCAAACGCAGUGGUGAGAAAUAAAGACCAUUUCUGCCACGGUUUGCUGGGUACUUGGCUUCAGAUGAUUUGUAAUCAUUAAGAACACAAAAGAUUCUGAGCAAUUUACAUAUUCAGACACACACUGUGGAAUAAUAAGAGGACGGUAUUGCUAUGGUGGUAUCAAACAUGCAAAUGAGAAAAACAAUGUUAGUCAUGAUAGAUCAUUAAAGAUCCUGGAUGAUCGAACUUUCAAUUGGGUAAUUUUACUGAACAUUACAGACAUAAUUUAUUCAUGUUCAAACCGUUAAUACAGGUAUAACAUAAUGUUGUAUACAGUUUACAUAAUGGAUUAAAUAGUUAAAUGUAUGUUAAUUAAGUUAUUUCAAAGAGUAUGGGAUGGAAUGUAUUUUCAUCUAAGCAAAGUUAAAUUAAUUCAUUAUGAACAUAUAUUUGCAAACAUAAAUAAUGAAAUUAGAUUAUGAAGUGUCACCAUUUCUAGAUGGCUUUAUUCAAAAUAUAACUUAACAUUUCAGUUGCACUUUUGAACACACAUUGAUUCAGUGUUUAAAAAAAAUAGUUGUCAAAAUCAUCUUUGUCAUGAUUUAGUCAGACAACUUUACAGUAUAGUUCACAGUUCUUAAAUGUGAUAUACCCAUAUACCUGUAGAGUUCUAUAUAUUUCCCUGAUAUAAAGGGGAUACAAUGCAAUAGCUGAUGUAGUUCUGUCUUAAUAGAAUUAGUACUUGCCACAAGUUAAUAUAGACAUAUUCGGUUUUACUCAAAGAACCCUGUGAUAACCCCACAAUGUAAUUAUUAUUUUACUAUAAUAAUGUCAAAUUGCUGGCUGUGAUUAGUAGGGUCGAAGCAGCUUUCAUGCAGACACGUAAACAAUAUCUCUUCAUGAUAAAUUAUAAAAUCUUCAUUUUCUAAGAGCCAAAAAAUGGCAGAAGUCAUUUGAAAGAUUUUAUACGAGGUGGGUUUUCCCUACCCCUACUUUUCAACUUAUCUUUAAUACAUACAACUAUACAUGUACAUAAUCUAAAUAGUACAACGUUUUGUUCAUAAUCACAACUAAAGGUGCUAUUCUUUCCAAAUUCAUACUCCGUCAAGAGCAGCUUCAAAGUAGUUUUUCAAGAUAUGGCCCAGUUGCAUAAAAUGUGUAUCAGCUAAAUACUGCUGUGAUCAUGACAUACAUGCUCACUGCCAAUCAAAUCAGAUGAUUUCAGUAGAAUUUAUUAAUUGUGACUUUUAUGAAACAAGGUUAUUUUGUCAUUGCACAAUGUAAGGCAUGGAACCUACAUGUACAUAGGCUGUCCAACAUCAAGCAACUAAAUCUAUAUUGAAUAAACCUAAAUGUUGAGCCCAAUAUGCCAAUCAAGUCUUGAUCUUCGAUUAAAAAAUACAUUUUGUUUGGUCAAAUAUUCACUUUUCUGAUCUUAUAUUGGCUAUGAUGAUGAUAAAUCUUAUCAUGGCAUAAAUAACAUUUAUUCUAUGCCACAUAAAAGUACAGAUUAGAAUGAAAAUUGGCCAUGAAAAUGUCUAUGGGGUGGCCUAUUAUCUCUUGUGAGAUUGUGAACUGCUUACC